GGGCCGCCGAGGAGCCGGGGGUGGGCUCUUCGGGGACAGCCGGCAGCCCCCCCAGAUCCGCACCGCCAGCCGCCGGGAAGCUCGGGGCUCCGGGCGUAGAGGCUGCGCUGUCACAUGGGCGGCGGCGACGGGGCCGCAUUUAAGCGGCCGGGGGACGGCGCCCGCCUCCAGCGCGUCCUCGGGCUUGGCUCCCGCCGGGCGCCCCGCUCUCUGCCCGCCGGGGGCCCCGCGCCGCGCCGCACCGCGCCGCCCCCGCCGGGCCAUGCGAGCGCGGGCCCCGCCGCGAUGAGCUCGCACAUCGCCAAAAGCGAGUCCAAGACAUCGCUGCUGAAGGCGGCGGCGGCCAGCGGGGGCAGCCGGGUUCCCCGCCACGGCCCUGCCCGGGAGCCAGGGCUUCCCGGCCGCCGGCUGCCCGGCACCGGCCCGGGCACGCCGCCGCCGUCCGGGGACCCCAGUUCGCGGAGGCCCCUGUGCCGGCCGGCGCCGCGAGAGGAGGGCGCGCGGGGGAGCAGGCGCGGGCUCCCCCAGGCGCACUGCAGGCCCCGGGAGGCGCUGCCGACCGCGGCGUCCCGACCUUCGCCGCCGUCGCCGCUGCCGCCGGCCCGCGGGCGGGAUGGGGAGGAACGGGGGCUGUCCCCGGCGCUCGGCCUCCGGGGCUCGCUGCGAGCCCCGGGUCGCGGGGACUCAGCUCCAGCCGCCGCGUCCGAGGCAGACCCGUUCCUCCACCAGCUGCGCCCCAUGCUCAGCUCCGCCUUCGGCCAGAUGCGCCAGGAGGAGAAGAGCAGCUACACAGUGGUGCAGACGAGCGAGGAGGGGCUGGCGGCCAGCGGCGAGCUCCCAGGACCGCUCCUGAUGCUGGCCCAGAACUGCGCGGUCAUGCACAACCUGCUGGGCCCUGCCUGCAUUUUCCUGCGCAAGGGCUUCGCUGAGAACAGGCAGCCUGACAGAUCGCUGCGGCCAGAGGAGAUUGAAGAGCUCCGAGAGGCCUUCAGAGAAUUUGACAAGGACAAGGAUGGCUACAUCAACUGCCGGGACCUGGGCAACUGCAUGCGUACCAUGGGCUACAUGCCCACCGAGAUGGAACUUAUUGAACUUUCUCAGCAGAUCAACAUGAACCUGGGUGGCCAUGUAGAUUUCGAUGACUUCGUAGAGCUAAUGGGACCUAAACUCCUGGCGGAAACAGCAGAUAUGAUUGGAGUGAAGGAACUUCGAGAUGCUUUCCGAGAGUUUGACACCAAUGGUGAUGGAGAGAUAAGCACCAGUGAGUUGCGCGAGGCCAUGAGGAAACUCCUGGGCCAUCAGGUGGGACACCGAGACAUAGAGGAAAUUAUCCGAGAUGUGGACCUCAAUGGAGAUGGACGAGUAGACUUUGAAGAGUUUGUCCGGAUGAUGUCCCGCUGAGGCCGUGAGGGCCCCUCCAGGACUGCCAAGCUCCCCCCGGGCGGGAGAAGAGGAGCCAGAGCGCGCCUCACCCCGCCGUAGCCGCCGAGAGCCCAGGAUGGACUGGCGGAAGGGGCCUGCCUGCACCCCAGGGAGGUGCCCACCCUGGACCCCCCUCCCCUCCGCACUGUGAAAGACUCACAACUCCUGCAACUGGAAAGGGGGGCGCCCGCCGAUGAGGAGGCCACAGUGCCAAGCCAGCAGAGGUCACGCCGGGUGCCAAGUGCCAUGGACCCAGCCGCUGCCGGUGGGGUGGGCCAGGGAGCCUGCCAGCAGCCCCCCCGCACAGCAUGUCCGCCCCAGGGCAAAGCCUCUCGCCGCCCUCCUUAGCUCUGUGCCCGUCCCAGCUCGCCACAGCCCUGUUCUCUCAGAACCAAUAAAAAUAUUUCCAAGACAA